GGCGUUGAUAUGAGUUUGAACCUCAUUUUAACCCCACAUUAGUUUCAAUGACGUUUGGCUGAAGUUUCGAAAUAUACUAGUAGUACUAGCAAAUAUACACAACAACAAAACAAAAAUGCACACGCGGGCCGGUUGCUGAUUUUCAAUGCAAUAAAAACUUGAAGAACCAACUGAAAAUUAUACCUCAAUUGAUUGGAAUUACGCCUCGACCCAUAAAGCCGGCUGACGAAAACCUGAACGACCGACAUGAGUGAAAAGGUAACCAAACUUGCGUUAGCCAGUCGCAUAAUCGUUCUCGUUGUGCAGCUCAUAUCCGAUGCUUUGAUUCCUGACCAUAAUGCCGAUGUCUUCAAAUCUCCCACCAAACUCAACCAACAAACUUCAUUCUUAGAUAGAACUCUUGACUUCAUAUUCUCUGGACUAAGACGCUGGGAUGCAGAAUACUUCCUCCACAUCGCCGAGCAUGGUUACAGCUACGAGAACUCUCUUGCAUUCUAUCCUCUCUAUCCAACUAUCACGGGCAUAUUAGCAAAGUCAAUAUAUUUCGUGGGAAUAGGAGUUUCUUUGCGCACUCUGGUACUCGUUGUUGGAAUAGCACUGAAUAUUUACUUCUUUUGCCGGGCAGCUAAUUGCCUAUACGAACUUACUCAGAAAAUAUUCGGAGAUCUAAAUAAGUCGUGGAAUGCCGCUGUCAUCUUCUGCUUCAACCCUGCUUCAGUGUUCUUCACGGCUCCUUAUUCGGAGGCAUUUUUCUGCUGGUUGUCAUUUAGCUUGAUGCUAGAAUGCGUUGGACAGGUUUCGCUAUUUACUACAUGCCUGGCAUCAGCACUCGGCAUAGUUUGUCGUUCAAAUGGGAUGCUAAAUUUGGGAUUUCCAGUAUAUUUCAUAUUGAGGAAAAUCUUUUUGAAGCAAACCAAAUGGUUGGCUCUUAAACUGGUGGUAUUAGUUUUCGUAUCAGUGAUCCCGCUAACUUUUUUCUGUUUUUAUGCGUUCCACCAGUUUUGUUCGAACAAUUCUACAAUCGAACACCCACCUGAGGUUAUUCAAUAUGCUGUUGAAAGAGAGUAUGUUUUGGCUGGCGACCGUAUUCCGCCUAACUCUCCUUGGUGCGAUCAAUCUUUUCCAUUUCCUUAUACCUACAUCCAGAAUCACUAUUGGAAUGUGGGAUUCAUGAAUUACUAUGAGUGGAAGCAGUUGCCAAACUUUAUUAUCGCCUCUCCAAUAAUUGGAUUUAUUCUGUAUCAAACAUUUUUUUAUUUCCGCUCGAUUUGCAAUUUUAUUCGUGUCUCGACACUUCAGCAGGCCAUAAGUGAAUGGAAGUCAAUCCCAUUUAUCGUGCACUGUCUAUUCCUGACGAUUUUCUGUACAUUCUUUACUCAUGUUCAGAUCACUACGAGAGUUAUUUGUUCAUCAUCGCCUGUCCUCUAUUGGUUCGCAGUCAACCAUCUACCAAAGACAUUCGAUAGAAUCGAAUGGAAGUCUGCCAAUUCGGUGGUGCUGCUGUGGUUCAGUGGAUAUUUUCUUAUUGGAACUACUCUGUUCAGUAAUUUUUUACCAUGGACGUAAACUAGACUAGAUUUUUGUGAAUGUAAUUCCAUUAAAUUUGAUUUUGUCUAGAUUUA